AUGCAUCGUCGAUUUCACAAGAAGUCCAGAAAUGGAUGCAAUCAAUGCAAGGAGCGGCGUGUCAAGUGUGAUGAGACACGGCCUCUAUGUAGUGCAUGCACAGCUCGGGAGCUACCCUGCGUCUAUAGCACACCCUGUGCUCGAAGAUAUUCCCCAGCUGAGGCCUCUUUGAAACCAGAGCCGAAACCACCGGCCAAGCCAGCUUUCAUAUCACCAAAGUACGAUGCCCGACAUCUGCUGCUGAUGCACAAAUUCUCAACCGAAACUUAUAAAAGCAUCUGUGGCGACCAUUCUGACAUAGAGGGCUGGCAGGUCCUCAUCCCCAAGCUUGCUUUCGAACAUGAAUUUCUCUUACAUGGCAUCUUUUCCAUCGCCGCGCUCCACAUGGCAGCCACCAACGCAGACCCAGAACAAGUUCUAUCUUAUCUAGACACCGCACUGCAGUGCAAUGAACUUGCAUUUGCUCCCUUUAGAGAGGCUUUGGCCCACCUCACCCCUCUUAACUGCGAUGCGGUAUUUGCACAGUCAGCGAUCGUUACUAUCAUUGGCAUAGCACUGCCUCGGCUGAACGCCCAGCAUCGCGGUGAAUCUUUCAGCAUGAUCGAAACAAUGAUGACGGUUUUUGAACUGCUGCAGGGGGCAAGUAAGAUCUCGCAAAUUAGCAAACCAUGGCGACAGGCAAGCAUCUUCUUCAAAUACGACUGGAGAGAGAAUACCACCCUGGAUCCAGACGUGGCCAAUGCUAUCGCGCAACUGCGAAUGCUGAAUGGCCCGGUCGAAAACACAGACUCAGCACAACAUAGCAUUAACCAGGAAGCUAUCGACUCCCUAGAAGACUCCUUUGCUAAAUUCACCAAUGCGCCGCAUCCUGCACCUAUCUUGGCUUGGCUCACCUACGUCAAGAGGGAAUUUGUGGAUGGACUACGCGUACGGCAGCCAUUCCAGUUGUUGAUCCUCAUGAAUUGGGCAGUUCUGUUAAAUGAAUUAGAAGCCAGCUUUUGGUGGGCUAAGGGCUGCGGGAAGGCACUAGUCGCUGAGUUAUUGAGUGAGCUGAAGGACCAGAAUGAGAAGUGGAAAUCGGCACUGCAAUGGCCGCAGCAAAUGGUCGGAAUAUAA